AUGACGGAAACAAGUAUAGUAAAUCAAAGUUAUCAACCAAAUAAUGGUGUCUAUUAUACACCACCUGGACAAUUCCAACAUUUGCAGGGCGAAGUUGAUGCAGUUACAGAAAUCAUGAGAAAUAAUAUUCGAUUAGGGUUAGAACGUGGUACGAAUCUUGAUGAUCUUGAAAUGAGAGCAGACGAUUUGCAUGUUAAUUCGAAUCAGAUGGCUUAUCAUUCACAUCAAGUUCGCCAAAAAUUUUGGUGGCAAAAUGUUAAAAUGUGGAUUAUUAUAGCUAUAAUCGUUAUCAUUGUUAUUGCUCUUAUAGUUGUUCUCUCUGUUCUUGCAGCAAAGAAUAAAAUUUAA